AUGAGGCUGCCGUCCACGAAUCCGGCACGGAUAAAAAACAUCAUCCAUGCUUUCCAAGCGUUCGCGAUUUUCCUGGGGUGGGCGCUCACAAUUGCCGUCUUUACCAAGGGUGAUGGAAUCGAUGGUCGCUCGGGGUGGUAUUUUGGCCUGUGCUGGCUCUCCAUCCCCGCGUUGAUCUACCUCGUCGCCGUUCCAUUAUUCCCCCGUGCUCGACGAUUUGGCAACGUCUAUGCCUUCGCUACCAUCGACUGCCUGUUUGUCAUCCUAUGGUUCAGUGCCUGGGUCGCCGUUGCAUCAUACGUCGCUGAAGGGAAGAGCAAAGGGGAGGCAGAACAGAGUAACAGCAAAGACCCGAAGACGGGUUGCGACGCAUUUGCGUACGGGAGCGCUUCCAAGUGCAAGCUUAGCACGGCAACCGUGAUCCUGGGAGUCAUCAUCUUCCUUGCCUUUAUUGCUACGAGCCUUAUCUCCCUCCGCAAUGUCGUCCACUUCCGUCGCACAGGGACCUUGCCGGAUGCGGUGGCAGACCCAACCUUCGAUGCGCAGACGAAAGCCGCAUUUUCCUCCAAUCCCCCGCAAGAUUUUGACGAAGAAGACGAGUUCCGAUCCGGGCGGGCGGGCGACGGGCCCUCUCACUAUCCUAAUGAUCGCGAUGAGGAUUAUGCCCUUCUUCAACAGAGCGAGGCGGAUGAGAUGGGCGGGUCGCACCACAGUGCCGUGCACGGCGCCUAUGACCCGACCGCUUCCAAUGCUGGGUCAGUCAUGCAUGACUACGAUACCAGCUACGGCGGUGCAUAUGGGCAACAUUACACUCGGCCGUCUGGGACCUACAGUGACACGAGUUAUCACCCGGUCGGCGGAUACGGUCGCUAA